CGGCGUCCCUAUCACGUGACCCCAGUUGCGGAAAACGAAGUGGCCAAGAUGGCAGAAGAGGAGGCAGGCGAAGGUUCUUCGUUGGGCGCGCUGCUCAACGGCGUCGCGCAGCAAAUCUUUUACCGCAACGGCGACGUGACGGAGGACGUGUUGAAGGGUCAACUUUACCCCGAGACCACACAACAACAGUUUAGGGCUCUGUACGACAAAAUGAAGGCGCUGCUUAUGUCCAUGGCCACGGCUGACAUGGACCACGCCCAACUGGAGGCCUUCCUCACAGCCCAGACCCGCAAGCACGGAGCCGGCGGCAUCACCCCGGAGCAGGCCGCCGCCCUGGCCCGCUUCUGGAAGGCCCAACGCGGGCGCGUCCGCGAAAGCCUCCUGGCGCACAGCCGUUGGGAGCCGACCCUCAGGGGGCUGUCGUGGAGGGUGGACCUACAGACGGCGGUCAGUCGCGGGGGGCCGCCUCCCACCGUGCCCGUCGCUCUGCUCGAGCUGGAGCUGGGUGCCGGCGACCGGGAGGCGGACUUGCUGUGUGUGGAGCUGGACGACCACAGCAUACAGCACAUGCUGAAAAAGAUGGCUGACAUCCAGGCCGCCAUUGAAGCUGUCGUUCCGCACGCUUGACGCCGGGGAGACAGAAGGUCAGAGAAAUGACCCCCAGCUCAACUAUUCCCUUUGUCAAUAUUUUUUUCUUCACUUUGGGAUGUUUGGCACCAACAAGUUUUCGACAAACAUGACCGAUUGUGGACAAAGACUUUUCUUUUCUGAUGAUUUGCCCCUGUGUCAAACUGCCGCAUUGUAGCGCCAACUACUGGCAACGAGGAUGUACUCAACGUCAGAUUGUUUUGCCUUAAAGGUCAAGUGUCAUGAAAUGGAUGAUUUUUAGGAUGUUAUUGAAAAUGAAAAAACAGAAGCCGGUAUGGACCCAUCCGUUUUUUCACCACAAAACAUCAUUUUGACGUGUAUGGCUGUUUGUAACUCCCGUCAUGAAAAUCCUCGAGGGAUUUGUUUUCGACAAGAAGCAAGAAGUGACGUACGGGGCAGGAGCACCCUCCAGCGGACUCGUUUGUUUCUAUGAGUUUUACCUCCGGGAAGGUAGCUCGUUGUUCCUUCGUGUUUGCCAAAUGCCGACUCGUUGCAUUGCUGGACAUUGCUCGAACACUUGCGAGGAUGGAUUUACCCUUCAUAAGUUUGAUGUCGAAUGGGACUUCCGCAACUUUGCGUAUGGAUGAUUCACUCUCCGCUCAUAUUUAUUUUUUCAUAUAGACAUGGAAGUGAAUAAUGUAAUGUAUUUUCCAUUUCAAUAUUUUAGAAUGCUUACAGGGAUGACACUUGACCUUUAAGUAUCAGUUGCUGGUAUCUGCUGUCUGUAUGAGUACCCGGUACGAUACUUGGUAUCGGUACUUUCCCAUCCCUCGUUGACAUCUAUGUUUUCUGUCCAUAUCCAACAUGGCUUCUGCAUAGGAAAACAUAGCUGCCACAUCCCGUGGGACACUCUGGAUCUUUGUUGGCGUUUAUAUGCUUUUUUUUUUUUUUUUUUUUUUUUUAAACUUAUGGAGGACCUUGACGACAAAGUCCCGGACCAAGCGUGCGACUAGUUGUGCGCUCUUCCGUAAGGCCGAUCAGAUUCACAAUUGUUGUCCCGUGUCUUUAAUAAAAAUGUCCGAGCUACCAGUCAUUGUGUUGUCUUUGAUGGGCACACCAUAUGUAGUGUCCUUCU